AGAGUUGACCUUAUGUAAACGCGCGUCACACAGCACGGUGAAGACAACAGACAUAGAGAGGGAAAGAGCGACGACCUAAUAACGUGUAUACACGUCUUGAUAUCGGCUACGUAUAUCACCUUUCUUGCCAUGUUUCUCGAGAAAAUUUUAUUUCUGUUCAGUGUUCUGACUUUCACUGGUUCUGGCAAUUCCAAAUCAUUGAAAGUAAUUUCGAGAAGAGUGAAACGAAAUUCUUUCCCGAUAGCCGAACGAUUUUCAGCAAGCAAUUCAUCUCCGAAGGCGGAGUGGAAAGUGAACGAAGGUUUGAAUUCGACAUUCUUCCAAGGAGAUAUAGUUCUCACUAACGAUCAGAUAAAGCUUCUAAACGCAAGGGCAAAGUCAAGAGGCAAAAGAGCCAUUAAGAAAGAUAGCAACUCCAGAUGGAGAAACGGUGUCAUUCCUUAUGUAUUGGACAAACGUUUGAAGCACUCAGCCAAAGUUGAAAUCCACAAGGCGAUUCGGCAUUGGAAGAGACACACCUGUCUUAGGUUUCACAAGAAACGCUCUAAAGACGUGGAUUAUUUACGAUUUGUAGCAGAAGACGGAUGCUGGUCAACGGUCGGGCGUAAGGGAGGCAAGCAGGAUAUCGGUGUAGGUAACGGAUGUGAAUAUGCAGGCACUAUAAUUCACGAGAUUGGUCAUGCCGUGGGUUUUUGGCACGAACAGAGCAGAAGUGAUCGCGAUAAAUAUGUACGGGUGGUGUGGAAAAAUAUUGAAAGAAGAUAUCACGAACAAUUUGACAAAAUGAACGCGAACUUAAUGGAUAGCAUGGGAUACGCAUACGACUAUGAAUCCGUGAUGCAUUAUGGAAGCAAAUUUUUCACGAAGAAUAACAAACAUACCUUACGUAUUCUUAAAUCCGGCCCAAAAAACGUUCGCAUUGGACAGCGUAAGCGUCUUUCCGACAUCGACAUUGCGCAAGUCAACGCUAUGUAUAAUUGUAACCGUAUCGCCACCGCCAACUCUGCCAGGUGCAUCAAAAGUAAAACGAGGGACGGUCGAGAUUACGGGGGGAAAUUGAGCUACACGGAGAAAGGAGUAACUUGUCAAUCCUGGGACAGCCAAUGGCCUCACAGACAUAGAUUUUUGACGAACAACCACUUUAUCAACUUCAAAAAAGGCCUUAUGGUAAGGAACAGCCGUGGCUUCUAUAUAUAUCACAACUAUUGUCGUAAUCCAAACGGUCGUCGGGCGAGACCAUGGUGUUUCACUACGCUAACUAACACAACGUGGCAGUAUUGCGAUUUAAAAAUAUGUUGAUCACCCCGUCUUAUUGCACAGACCACGCAUGCGUGCGUGUCCGGUAAUGUCAGAUAAAUUCCCAAAUUGACCGUAAAAGAAUGAUGCUACGCACUGCAUUAUGGUGAAAUUGAUACUUCACCCCUCCCUCCCCCCCCCACACACUUAUCUUUACCGUAAAGUAAAGCGGUCCUCUCCUGCCACAUCACAAGGUAAUAGUUUCCCAUAAGGCAAUGGGUGACAGAUUUAUUUUGCGGUCAAUUUUCACUGAUUGCAAAUAGGGAAAAAGAAACCUCUACGAAAAAUAUAAUAUAAUUUUAGACGUAUAAAUAUUUCUUAUAGAUUCUAAUCAACUCGCGAUUGACGAGCUAGCUCAAUAUCUUUUUAGCGUACAAAAAUGGCGGGUUUGUAAAGAUAUUUAAAAUAUUCGCGUUGUGGUCUGCAAGCAAUUCAUCAAAAACGCAAACAAAAAAAGCAAUCAAUAAAGCAGUUGUCGAAAGCUGCAGGUUUUCCAACGAAAAUUGCUCUUAACCACAACUUGGCUUACGCAUGCGCAUCGCUAAAUGUAAAUAAGAUACCUAUAUAAAAUAUAUUAUUAUUAUUAUUAUUAUUAUUAUUAUACUAGUAAUAAUACUAGCCAUAAAACUAGCUAUACAGUAACUUAAGAGUACUUUGUAAAUCAUUUUUAUUUAUAAUCCUGCAUUAAACAAUCAAUUUGAA